CUCUCUCUCUCUCUCUCUCUCUCUCUCUCUCUCUCUCUCUCUUCUUCUUCUUCUUAAUUCUUCAUCAAAUUAUUUCCUCUGAGAAAAGCUUUACUCUGUGUGUUUGUCUGUCUGUGGAUCGAUCUCAGCUGCUGCAGCUCUCAGAUGUGUUGCUCUCUCCACGUUCGCAUCGUAACCCUUCUCUUCCUCAAGUUCAGGGGUUCCAUUAGUACGAUUCUCUCAGCUCUCAGAUCAAUUUCUUAACCGCGCGAUUAUUCUCUCCAUUCCAUUAAUUGCCACCCAAAGGAACGAUUCAGGUUUUCGAGCUACUCUUUUCAUGGUCUUUGGCUGUUUUGAUAGAAAUUAGGAGAUGAGUCGAACAACAACUGACAGUGAAGAUGGAAUGCUCUCUAAGGAUCAGAUUGAGUCUCCGUGGAUGGAUGAGAGUAACGGAGGAAUUGGACAUGGCGGACUUGUUCUAAAGAAAGGGCCAUGGACAUCAAAUGAAGAUGCAAUUUUGGUGGAGUAUGUUAAGAAGCAUGGGGAAGGAAACUGGAACGCUGUUCAGAAGCACUCAGGACUGUCCCGCUGUGGCAAAAGUUGCCGGCUGCGAUGGGCAAAUCACCUAAGGCCGAAUCUCAAGAAAGGGGCAUUUACUCCAGAAGAAGAACGUUUGAUUGUUGAACUCCAUUCAAAGAUGGGAAAUAAAUGGGCGCGAAUGGCGGCACAUUUACCUGGCCGUACGGAUAAUGAGAUAAAGAACUACUGGAAUACCAGAAUAAAGCGACGUCAGCGAGCUGGCUUGCCACUUUAUCCUCCUGAGGUCUGUCAAGCAUUGCAGGAGAGUCAGCAAGGCCACUCCACUGCAUUUAAUGGCACAGACAGAGCACAUCAUGAUUCUCUACAAAGUAACAGUUAUGAGAUACCUGAUGUUGUGUUCGACAGUUUGAAAGGGAACGGUUGUGUCUUACCCUAUGUUGCUGAGCUUCCUGAUAUCUCUGCAAGUAGCAUGCUGCUGAAAGGCCUUGGUUCUACUCCAUAUUGUGGUUUCAUACCACCAACAAUGCAUCGCCAAAAGCGUCCUCGAGAAUCAACGGCUCUAUUCCCCACUUCUGGUAGUGGUUUUAAAGAUGGUUUUGCUCAAUUCGACCACUUUGACAAUGAUGCUUGUAAUAAAGAUCCUCGAUCGUUUGGGUUGUCCUUUCCACUUGAUCCCGAUCCUACCACCAGGGGUCAACUUUCUUUCGGUGUAAUUCAGGGCAGCCAUUCCCUUCCAACUGGCAAUACUCUUGCUUCCAGAACCACUUGUGGGGCUGUGAAGCUUGAGCUCCCUUCACUCCAACAUCCAGAAGCUGAUUUAGGUAGCUGGAGCACUUCUCCUCCUCCACCCUUACUGGAUCCUUUUGAUAAUUUUAUACAGUCUCCUCCACCUCCUUGUGCAUUCGAGUCAGAUUGUGCCUCACCGCGUAACAGUGGACUGCUAGAUGCUGUACUCUAUGAGGCAAAGACUCUCAGUAGUGCAAAGAACCAUUCAACAGACAAGAGUUCAAAUUCAUCUAGCAUUACUCCUGGGGAACUGGCUGAGAGUUCCACUUUGAAUGUUUGCGAGACAGAAUGGGAAGAAUAUCGCGACCCGAUUUCUCCAUUGGGUCACUCUGCUACGUCACUGUUCAGUGAGUGCACUCCUAUCAGUGCCAGUGGAAGUUCAUUGGAGGAAGCGCUACCUGCUGAGACCCUUACUGGAUUGAAUGUUAAACCUGAACCUGCUGACCAUGCUUGGACACCUGAGCAACAAAAAGAAACUUCACCUCCAGUGGAUUAUACUGGUCCUGAUGCAUUACUUGGUUCAGAUUGGCUCGAGCCGAGUACUGGGUUUAAAGACCAAUCAAUCAUGAAUGAUGCUAUUGCAUCACUUCUGGGUGAGGAUUUGGCCACUGACUACAAGCACAUGGCUUCUGGAACUUCUACAUCGAAUCAAGGGUGGGGUUUGGGUUCUUGCCCUUGGAACAACAUGCCUGCUGUCUGUCAAAUGAUGGAUCUUCCUUGAGAAACCGCCCUGUUCAUUGAAUGAAGUUGAAACUUUUGUCCUGUAAUUCAUGUUGUUGAUUUUGUGAACGUUGGGAAGUAAGUCUUGGCUAUGUCCUGGUCUGAGAGAGGCCAGAUGCGAUUGAGACUUGUGGCCCUGUUUUGCAUGAUUUGAUCACUGUUGUUUUUUGUUUGUGGUU